AUGGACGUUUCCAGAGGAUGCAGUUGCAGUUGCUGUGACAAAUGUAUGCAACACCCGACAUUCCAUACAAUCCAGAAAUUAUGCAACAUCAAUGCAUGUUUAGAUUGUUUAACCACACUAGAUAUAAGUUCUAGUAAUAUCUGUGAAGCGCCUGAAUUUAUCGGGUAUCUUGUAAAUAUAGUCAAACUAGAUUUAUCAUCAAAUGAGUUGGAAACUCUGCCAUUGUCAUUUAUCAAAUGCCAAAAUUUAACAGAUCUCAUAUUGUCGCAUAACAAAUUUUCACAAUUUCCCCAAUGUUUAAUUGAUGGAAUGCCCUCCUUAAAAACACUUGAUUUAUCUCACAACCAGCUCUCAGAUAUCAGCAAAAAACCAUUUUGUAUUCAAAAGUUAUUAACUUUAAAUAUCAGUAAUAAUUUAACACUGGAUAGCCUUCCACAAUGGUUAUGGUCAGUUGAAUGCAAUUCAUUAGAGUCAUUAGAUAUAUCAUAUACAAAUUGUCUGGACAAUAUUGCUGUGGAUCCUUAUCUGAACAUGUAUGGUAUUAGUAAUCAUCUGAAGUAUUUAGAUUUAUCUAAUACAAAUUCUGAUGUUCGAAAAUUAGAUUUCAUCAAACAUUUAAAAAAUCUAAGAAAUUUGGUUUUGGAUAACAAAUGUACAAUGAUACAAAAAUGUCAAAAUUAUUACUGUGAUGUACCACUAGUGUUUAAUUAUCGAUUUAAAUUUAUCGAUUCUUUAAGUAUGAUGAAUGUCAGUCUAUCAAGCAUUGGAAAAAUGGUUUAUUUCAGUUUGCCUAGCAUACGUUUUUUGAAUUUGUCCAAUAAUUCUAUUGUGUUAUUGCCAGAUUCAUUAAGUGAAUUGACCAACUUAGAAUUCUGUGAUUUUUCAAAUAACAACAUUUUAACGAUUCCUGAAAGUUUUAAAAACUUAAAGAAUUUGAAAAGUUUAAUAUUAAAUAAUAAUUGGUUAUCAAAAUUUCCAAAAAUUAUUGAAGACCUAAUAAACCUGGAGAUUUUGGAUUUAUAUGCUAAUAAAUUAAAUAUAUGUCCAUCAUGGAACAUAAAUUCCAAUAUAAAAUUACUUGAUCUAGAACAAAAUGUAUUUUCUACUGAAGAUAACAUUGAUAUAAACAUUAAAGCCAAUUAUUCAGAGUUUUUAAACAAUCUGCGUUCAUCAAUUACUGAAAGCCGUGUUAUAGGACCAUUAUGUGUUGAAGAACUCAAUGAUGUAGAUUCUGAAACAGAUGAAUCAAGUAGUCAUUGGUCAUCAUUAUCAAAUAACUCUCCAGAACACAGUAUUCACGGAGAAGAUCAGGAUGAUACCAGAAAUCUAGAUUUUAAAGCAGAAGAAGUUUGGGACUGUGGUUCCUAUGUAUUUACAACUGAUGUAUUCGAUCCUAAAAGUUUUGAAAUUAGUUUAAUGAAUGAAUUAAAAACAUUAGAAGAACCAUUAACUUUUGAUGGAAAAAAAAAUUUCCGAAGAGUGCGUUUAGCUAAUGAACAUUAUUUUUGUCCUGGUGAUGAACUUCCUAAGACAUUGUCAAUUACAAAAUAA